AUGAGCAAACCCGCAUCCAACAUUUUGGCAUUGCUGUUGAUUACAUCAACCUUGUUGCAGGCACGACGCAUUGGCCAUCGUCGGCUUGUCAUUCAUGUGCCCGUCAAGGUGAAGACCCAUCAUCAUACCCAUACGGUAUAUAAGGUGCUACAUGGAUCUGGCGGUGGCGGUGGAGCUGUCAAGCAGACAGUAUUACUCGGUUACACCGGAGGAGGAGGGGGAGGCGGCCAUGGUGGAGGAGGAGGAGGAGGAGGAGGCCACGGUGGAUCAACGGGAGGCGGCGGACAUAGCGGUCAUGGCGGUGGCCAUGGCAGUCAUGGAGGAGGCAUGACCAUGGGUCAUGGUGAAAUCACAUACGAGGAUAUGCACGGAUGUGAGAGUGGAAAACUGAUGCCAGCUCAUCGGGAUAUGAUGUAUAAUCAUUAUUCGCGCCACGACGACCAUCAUCAUCAUGAUAAUGUGGAUGAGGAGGAUUUUGCCGAAGAGGAGCAGGAUGAGUUCAUUGAUGUACGCGAUGCCUGGCUGUGA